AUGGCUGAGCGGUUCAGAAGCGACCUGCCGUAUGGUCACUUUGGUCGCGGCAACUACUCCCUCACUGAGAAUGUCUGGAAUCACGUUCGACACAUACAGCCGACUAUUCGCAUACAACCACUUGGAGGACCCAAAUUCUUGGCCGGAUCCACUCCUGAAAAUCAUCACCCUUCCUCAGGACUUGAUUAUGGAGCGAAACUCAGGAAACGACAUGAGCAGCAGAUCAAAACUCUCGUGAAGUCAAAUCCGGACCUGCAGGCCACUUCUGCCAUCCUUGCGGAUCAUUUACGUACCUCGGAGCUCGUGCAAGCGGCCAUCCAACGAUACGACUCCACAAAAGGUAGCCUGAUCGCCAUCAGCCACAUAUUCUCGGAGUCUCGCCAUCGGCCCAUCCUUGUUUCAGCGUACGCAACGGGCGAAGAUGGUGCCGACCUAUGCCUUGUGCGAGUACAAGAUCAGAAGCAAGGUUGGACUGGGACUGACAACAUCUCGCUCAAUGUGCCGACCAUGUAUGGAGAGCACUUGGUCUUGCCUGGCAAAGCCUCCAUUCUCCAAGUGCGGUUCUCUUCGAGUGUGCAACCUGGAAACGUCAUGCUGGGCAUCCGCACGCAAAUUGGAGUGGUCAUAUAUCAUCCGACGCAACGGAAAGCAUCGUCUGCAGGCGCCUUCGGAUCAAGGCUUGUCCUGGACCCGCUCUAUACUGUAUCGAUUGGAAAUACUUCCGGUGUGCCUUGUUCGGACUUUGCGUUCAAUCCAUGGUUUCCUCAGCAGCUUGCUAUUGUCGAUCAGGCUGGGCAAUGGGAAGUGCUUGAGUUCAGGACGCGAAAGAUGGAUCGAGUCGAUCGCAGAUGGACGGGUUCUUCUGACAACGGAAACACUAAGCUGAACGACGGUUGGGCUAGAAUCACCUGGAUCGCGAACAUCGAGACUGUUGCGAUUUGCACCCGCACAUCGUUGAAAUUGGUGAAUAUAUCAGCAGACGAGGCUGUACUCGUAGAAGAUGUGACUGGGGGGUUAUCCGGCUCAAUACCAUGGAUUCUGGACUUUGGACUUGUCCCUGAUCACAUGAACCUGUUCCUUGUUCUGACCACAACACACAUCGUCUUGUACGAGGUGGGCACUGAGCGAUCUUCAGGCACAGCCACGAAAGUGAUCUUGAAGCUUCGCCACUUCAGGAGUCCCGACGACACCACGUUAAGACUGAACACUUGGAUUGACGCAGAUAUCGUUGUUAUGCUUCAAUCGAGCCUCCUCAACCCGAUGACUUGCUAUAGCCUCCGCUUCUUGGAUGGACUUCGGGUCUUCUCCGAGGACCCGUUUGAGAUCGAUUUAACGACCGCUCUGGAACGAAACAAACGAGGCAGUCGCGUUGCGGAUAUCCACAUUCAGCCGGUGAAACAAGUGCGAACGGACACGGGAUCCUCGGAACACGAAUCAUUGGGCAUGCGAUUCUUUGCGGCGCGCAUGAUCACGACAGAAUACAAAGCGGUAGAGUGUCUCCUAUACGGUGCUGCGGUUUCAAAGCUCUCAACCGACGAAUCGCCUGGCCCGCCCGAUAGGAUGCAGAAGCUAAGGACCACGGGCUCCAGGUUGAGUCUUACAAAUUUUGUCGUCGACGAUUCGAUCGUAGAGCUCGACGCAGAAGAGACACCCCGGGGCGAACCUGUAGCACGGCGCAGGAGAAGAGCCAAGCCACGCUUGUUGCCAUCAGAACGAACCAUCGACCUUGAAAGAGUGACACGAUUGCUGCAACGACCCGUACAUGGUGUUCGGCCUUUGCAGGAAGUUCUGGACGCCAUUGCAACAACUCUUCGAAAACCGAACUCCAACAACGUGGAUCCACUGCAGACUUUAUAUGGUGAUUUGGAUAUUGAACUCAUGAUCGAUGACAUACAUGUCAGCUCGGACUCGCUCAGGUCGUUGCUUCAAAUCCUACCUGAGGAAUCGGCCAGAUUUGUCGAAGAUGAUGGCGAGCUUGCCGACCCUGAUCAGCAGAGACUUGUGUUGCGUCCACUGAGCCUUCCGCCAUCCCUCAAGGACCUCAUGCAGCCAGAUAUGUCUGCUACGUAUAAUGCGGUUGUCCAGUCGUGGGUCACAUCUCUCUCGGCGAAAAUUCCUGGCAGAGUACGACUGGCCAAAGCUAAAUUGGCAAGCAGUAUUGCGGCGGAGCUCGUUCUGGCUUGCAACGUUUUGCGAGUUGAAGCGAGAGCCAUGGCCACUCAGCCAGGACAGGCCGCGGAUCAUUCAAAAUAUCUUCUCGACGAGCUUGGCUCCAGCCAGCCAACCUUCAGUCAGCAAGCAUCCGCACUUCCGACUCCGUCCACAACUCCUUCGAUCAUGACAGCUUCAAGUCACCCUUCCACCUUUGCGGCGCCCGAACUCGAGCGUCUGAGCAAGUACACGACCUUCAGUAAACCAACGUCAAACGUCCUGCCUCGCUCUCUGACCAGCGUCUUGUCCCAUUGGAAGAUCGGCUCUCAGCCCGAGGACUACGACUGGCUCUCCACCUCUCGCAAUCUCGCAGAAAAGGACGACGAAGAAGAUGAAGACAUGACAGAGCGUGAACGCAAGCGACUGCAACGCCGUGCCGAGCGCCAUAUCCGACGACAACGCAAGGAAGUCGCUGCGGCGGAGGCGAGUCAGUUGGCGAGUAGUCAGGCGCCGGCCAUUUUCAGUGCCAGUCAGCCCUUGGCUAUACGGCAAGUCGAGAGUCAGCCGAAUUUCAUUGCAGAGAGCAGUCAGAUGACCGCGGGAGGAGGCAGCUUCGGAGGAGGACAGAUGAGUCAGGUCGUGGCUGGACGAAGUACAGCCAAAACCAUGCAGAUCUCCCAGCUCGCCACGGUCGUCAUUCUCACCAUGGCCUCUACUGUCCUUGCCGAUGGCAAUUGCACCAUUGACGGCAAGCCCCAUGGCGCAUGCUGGUUCAAUUGGCGGAACCCGAAAGAAGUGCAAGUCAUCUUGGCCUGCAACGAGCACUCGCCAUGCGUGCAGCCCGGUGCAUGGUUGCCCGCGAUUGUCGUACAUUGUAACUGA